AUGUCGAUACUAAAAUUAGUUCAUCAUCCAUUAAAAAAUUUAAUUAAUCCACGAUUAUUUAUCUAUCGUCAUCAAUCACAAAAAAUAUUAGAUUUAAUAAAUAAAAAAGCUCCAAUUGAACUUGAAGUGAAUGAUGAAUUAGAAAAUCUUCCAUGUGAAAAUACAAUUGAAUGGAAUAAAAAACUAAAAUUUUAUCGUAUACGUGGUGAAGAAAAAAAAGCGUUAAAAUUAUUUGAAAUUGGUCUACGAAAACAUCAAUUUCAACCGGAUUAUAUUACUUAUAUUAGCAUGUUAGAAAUAUGUAAAGAUAUUAAAGAUACUGAUAAUGGACGAUAUAUACAUCGACGAAUAUGGAAUUCACCUGUACGAGAUAAUAGUCGUAUACAAACUCUUCUAAUGGAAAUGUAUAUGAAAGGUGGUGAUGUGGAUAGUGCUCGAGAAAUAUUUGACUCUUUAAAACAUCGAACAGUAAUAGAAUACAAUGCAUUAAUGACCGCUUAUAAUAAUAAUGAAUAUCCAGAUCGUACCAUAGAUCUGUUCAAUAAAAUGCGUGAAAAUGAUAAAAUUAAACCAAAUAGUAUGUCUCAUAUGUUAUAUUUUCAAGCAUGUAUUAAAUUAAAAGCAUUUGAACAAGGCAAAAAAUUACAUGAUGAACUUAAACAAAAAACCGCAAAUACUAUGAAAAAUAAGGAACUAUCAAAUCAAAUCGUAGCUAUGUAUAUAGCAGCUGGUGAUUAUAAUAUAGCUGAAGAAUAUUUUAAAGAAAUUAAAGAACCAAAUGUACAAAAUUAUCUUGGAUUAAUGAAUUAUCAUAAUCAAUCAAAAAAUUGGAAACGUACUUUAGAAUUAUAUGAUCAGAUGAAAAUGCAACGAAAAAUUCAACCUGAUGUACCAACAUAUUUAGCUGUUCUAUUAGCUACGAAAGAAAUGAAUAAUAUUGAUAAAGUUAAACAAAUUCAAGAUGAUAUCAUAAAACAAAAUCUUUGGCAAAAUCAUUCUGAAAUACAGAAAUUAUUAAAAGAAAUUCUAAAAACAUAG